CUACGCUGGGGGGCGCGGCGGGGCUUGCAGUCCAGAGAACCAGCAGAAAAAAGCCGGAAUAUCGGUUUUUUAAAUUUUGGACCGCAGUGCCCACAGGGAAGCAGACCCGGAUUAUCUUUAAUGGCACUGGUUAGUCACGGAGCCGCCUUAGAGGUAUAGAGGCCUGAGGCACCGGACACUGUCGCCCUUCUGGGUACGUCUCCCCUGCCAUACUGUCCCCGCCGAGACCCGGCCCCAAGCGCCCCUCCCGGCCUCGGAGCAGCCGCGGGACUUGCUUCCGCUCUCCGCGCGCCUGCGCAUUCGCGACGGGGACGGGCGCUUUCUCGUAUCCUGGCGCCGCUGACUCUGGUGCUGGGCGAUCCUCCGAGUCGGGUGAGGCUGAAGAGGUGGGCGCCGGGCGCCGAGCGCGGCUGUGGCCGCUGCUUUUCUGAGGAAAAAGAGCGCGGGUUGGGUCAGGCUUUGCAGGCCGGACCGGAGAUGGAGAAAAGGUACCUGUGGAGCCUCAGGCCGCUGUGCGUUUUUUCGCGGGACUGAGCUUAUGCAGCCCUGAGGCCUGGAGGCGCUGGAGGCAGUAACUGUGCCGGGCCCGGUUCGUGGGUGCGGCCUAUGGUGUAACUGGAGACCGAGGCCCCGCGCAUCCCCAUCCGCGCUGCAGCCACUUAGGCUCCAGGAUGAAGGUCCCCUGCAAAACGCUGCGACCUAGAUUCGGGGCGGGUGUCUGGGGGCUGAGAGGACACGCCGACAGUUCCGAAAAGACAUUGUGGGUGGUCCGGGUGCUCGAGCAACUGGGUGCCGAACUACAGCGUACCCGGAGCUGCGAACCCAGACGCUGGUGACUGCGGAGCCGCUGCCCUGUCGUUUCCAUUUGUGCGUGCAGGUGGCGGUUAGCUGGGGCCAGGGAAGCAUGGAGGGUGGGUUCUGAUCGAGUCAAGAAAAGCCUGGGGUGUCCUGAACUUGGUCUGCUUCCCCAGCCCUGCCAGUUUCCAGAGAAGGCGCUUGAGAAGGAGAAACGAAUCGCAGCUGCUCUUCUAAAAAGCCGGUUCCAUCUCUAGCAUCUCUGGACCUGCUUCUGAAGUAAAUGAACCUUGAGGAAAAUUGACCGGUUCUUGCAAUUCUAAAAUCAUGGCUCGUGAUUUGGUGAUGUUCAGAGAUGUGGCUGUAGACUUUUCUCAGGAAGAGUGGGAAUGCCUGAAUUCAUAUCAGAGGAAUUUAUACAGAGAUGUGAUAUUAGAGAACUACAGCAACUUGGUGUCACUAGGAUGUUCCAUUUCUAAACCAGAUGUGAUCACCCUGUUGGAACAAGGGAAAGAGCCUUGGUUGGUUGUGAGGGAUGAGAAGAGAAGAUGGAGCCUAGAUUUGGAAUCCAGAUAUGACACUAAAAAGUUAUUUCAAGAAAAGGAUAUUUAUGAAAUGAAUUUAUCUCAGUGGAAGGUAAUGGAAAGAAUUACCUGUGGACUUGAAGGACAAGAAAGUCCUCAUGAGGUAUGUUUCAGGCAAGUGACAAAAGCCACCUCUGAAAAAAUGCCCACUUACAGAAAACUCAGAUCUCUUACUCUGUAUCAGAAAAGUCAUAAUAGAGAGAAACCCUAUGAAUGUGGGGAAUGUGGGAAGGCUUUUAGAGUACGACAACAACUUACUUUCCAUCAAAGAAUUCAUACUGGUGAGAAACCCUAUGAAUGUAAAGAAUGUGGAAAAGCCUUUAGGCAGUGUGCCCACCUUAGUCGACAUCAGAGGAUUCAUACUUCUGACAAACUCUACGAAUGUAAAAAAUGUGGAAAGAUCUUCACAUGUGGCUCAGACCUUCGAGUACAUCAGAGAAUUCAUAUUGGCGAGAAGCCGUAUGAAUGUAAAGAAUGUGGGAAAGCCUUUAGAGUUAGAGGACAACUUAAUCUCCAUCAAAGGAUCCAUACUGGUGAGAAACCCUAUGAAUGUAAGGAAUGUGGGAAGGCCUUUAGACAGUAUGCACACCUUACUCGACAUCAGAGACUUAACAUUGCUGAGAAGUGCUAUGAGUGUAAGGAAUGUGGUCAGGCUUUUCUGUGUAGUACAGGCCUUCGACUACAUCACAAACUUCAUACUGGUGAAAAACCCUAUGAAUGUAAGGAGUGUGGAAAGGCCUUUAGAGUGCGGCAACAACUUACUCUCCAUCAGAGAAUUCACACUGGUGAGAAGCCUUAUGAUUGUAAGGAAUGUGGGAAGACUUUCAGUCGUGGCUAUCAUCUAACUCUCCAUCAGAGAAUACAUACUGGUGAGAAACCUUAUGAAUGUAAGGAAUGUCAGAAGUUCUUUCGUCGUUACUCAGAACUUAUUUCACAUCAAGGUAUUCACAUUGGAGAGAAACCUUAUGAAUGUAAGGAAUGUGGGAAGGCAUUUAGACUGUUCUCACAGCUUACUCAACAUCAGAGUAUUCAUUUUGGUGAGAAGCCCUAUAAGUGUAAAGAAUGUGAGAAGACUUUUAGACUGCUUUCACAACUUACUCAACAUCAAAGUAUUCAUACUGGCGAAAAACCCUAUGACUGUAAGGAAUGUGGAAAGUCCUUUAGACUUCAUUCAUCACUGAUUCAACAUCAGAGAAUUCAUUCAGGUGAGAAACCAUACAAAUGUAAGGAAUGUAAAAAAGCAUUUAGACAACAUUCACAUCUUACUUACCAUCAGCGAAUUCAUAAUGUAACUUAAUAAUUAUUAGAACUCUUCCAUUGUGAAUUUUAUGUUGAGCAUAGGAAGUAAAUUCUAGAGGAAAGGUUUUUGAAUGUAGGACUCCCUUUUGCUUCAUGCUCAAAACUGACUUAGGAAGUUUUAUUUAAAGGAAAGAAUGUGUUAAUGAACAUAUAGAAGACUUUCAUCGCCUUUGAAACUAUGUUAAACUUUAGGACAUUCAUCCUAAAAACGAACUUUAUUAAAGGAGUGAAUGUGGAAAAGCUUUUGAUCUUACCUAUUAUUAUCUCCAUAUUCUUCCCUCUGUGUAGUAUACACAUGGAGGUUUCCAGGAAACCACCUCAUUCUGAAAAUGUGUAAAUGAAGGGAAAGUCAUUUAGCCUGCUUUUCCUGCAUGAACUGUAUUUCAAGGCAACAGAAGGUAAUGAGGUAAAGUUCUUUAUUAGAAAAUUUCAGGCUAAUGAAUGCAAAAAGAAUAAUAGAAAUAGAAAAUUGUAUUAGAAAAGCUAUUGUGAAACAUAUAAUGAAAUACUAAAUCAAGAGGUUGAGACCAUUCAGUGAAAGGUUGUGAACUUUAGUGAAUAGAUCAGACUGACAACAUCUGAACUCACUGAUAAUAACUUCACAAAAAAAGACAAUAAAAAUUAUUUGCCUCCUAAUGUGAUACAGUAAGAUAUAUACAUCUUGCCAAAAAUAUUAAACCUGAAUUUAAUUAAGCCUCAAGAUCUAACUCCCAGUUUAGAGAAAAUUCAAGAAAUGGAAGAGUAAAUUACAUGACACAAAAAGGAACAAUUAAGUCUAAAAUAAGAGUAAUUCUACAAGAGGGAUGACCUGGUUUCCUAACCAAUAAAAUGGCAUUUUGAGAAAUAAGGUGGAACUCUUAGGUAUUGACAGACUUGAGACAUCAAUCAAAUGCAAUGAAAGAGUGGUUUUUACUUAGAUCAUGAGUUGAACAAACAUGUAACAUAAGACAUAUUUACAAUAAUUGGGAGAAUGGGAAUAUUGACCAUAUUAGAUAAUAGGAAACUUUUUGUUAUAUGUGAUAAUAGCAUUGUGAUUAUGUAAAAGUCUAUUUGUUAGAGAUAAUUUCUGAAAUUUAUACACAGGAGAUGAUGUAUCUGGAAUGUCCUUUUCAUGCAAAAGAAAAAUGAGGGUGAAUAACAUGUUUGGCAAAAUGAUGGUAAUCUAAGUCUUGGUUACAUGGUUUUUGUUUUUGUUAUUCUUUCUACUUUUGUGUAUUUAAAAUUUUCCUUGAUGUGCUUUUAAAGAUCAAGUUAGCCAUGAAGUUAUAACCAAUUUAAGAUGAAUAAUUUUUUAAAAAAAUUCUACAUAUUAAAUCUUGUGGAUGUUGCCAAAGCUCUACACAUUGGGAUUGGUUUAAUUACAUGAUAAUGACUAUAAUUACAUGACAAUGACUAUGAUGUAUUCAGGAAGUUAAAAUUGUGUGCCCACAUUUUAUUUAGUUCACCUCUCUAUCUCUGUAUUAUAGUACCCAUGGUACUCACUUCAUAUAUAUAUAUAUUUUGAGACAUAGUCUUGCUCUGUCACCCAGGCUGGAGUGCAGUGGCAUGAUCUUGGCUCAC